AUGUCGGACGGCCGCACGUCUUUGGCCGCGCCCCAGAGGCCGCCUCUCCUAUCAGCGACACACUCUGCUUCAUCGCUAUCUACCUCAGCCGCCGGCUCCACGAGCCCAUGGAUGAAACUGCAGGGCUCACAGUCGCAGCCUCCGACGCCGUUACUGACGCCGUCUUCCCCGCGGCGGCUGCUGAUGCCCACCGUACGACCGGUCCGGGUAACGAAUGUCACUCGCUCGCCCAGGGUUCGCCAGCACUCGGCCAGCAAGCGCUCGUCGAGGCAAGGAUCGGUCGUGGACUCGGCCGACGUCGCCGCAGCUGUUCACGAUGCAGAGAUCGGCCAGGCUUGGCUCGGACGUCCUGCGCGGUUCGAGGUCACGAACGAGGAAUUCCAGUUGACGGGCUUCACCCUCCACGCCGUCGAGAAAUGGAUCACAGAACGCACCAGGCCUGUCGUCACGCUCGCCGUCUACACCGGCGUGCACACCGACACCAUCACCGUCACCGCCCUCGCUCCCUGCCGCACCUUGUCUGCAGAGCAGCAACAGGCCGAGUGGGAUCAGGCCCUGCGCGCACUCAGAAGCGCAGGCGCCCGACCGCGAGAGACGCCCAUGGGCACCAUCAUGGUCACGUCUCUCGCCAACUUUCGUUCGGACUAUACGCUCGUGCCUAUCCCCUCUGGUUCAUUUCUCGAGGUCCGCGAGCGUCUGUAUUGCAACAUCAACUUGCUGCGUAUGGGAUGCACUGGCCGAACUGCUUUGACCCUUGAGGAACCCAGUGACACCACAAAGGACCGAUUCAUAGGUGCAUAUCACGUCGCAGAGUCCGUCCGCUCAAGAGCAACAUUUUCCAUCACCGUCCUCGCUCUCGUGAAGUUGCUUCAGACGGCGCUUGCGCUUUUCGGCUUCCUCCCGGAGAGUUUGGCACCUGAUGGUCUCUUGUGCGAUGUGACUGCCGCAAGCCUCCAGCGCUGGGUCGUUGCCUUGGGCGAGCCUUAUCUCGGUGUAGAACCUAUGGAACGCAUCGCCGAUCCCUCCGCCGUCUGCGGUCUACUGUCUAUGAUCACUGCCACCCGUGCCAAACUCUCUGCGCUCGGCUUCUCCCAGACACUGCCUAAAGACCCGUUCGAGUACCCGGCCUUCUUCCGCGCUGCCAUCUCGGCUUUUCAAAGCUCGCGCCUAUGCACCCUCCCAAUCUCGUCGCCCGCUUCGCAGCUCACUCCUGAGACGCUCGAGGCAAUCGACCUUGCCUAUGACCGUAGCAGGCAGGCUGAGCAGUUCAAGCUGCAUCGCAUAGCCAUGAACAAACUCGACGAACUGCGAGAAGGAAUGACGGCGCCGUCCUCCGUCACCGGCACAACAGGCCGAGUUCCAGCACCCGAUGCGCCCACCGCGGAUAUCUCUGCGUUUGUCCGCGCUGUCGAGAAGCGCGGUAAAGAGGGUGUUCCGAGCAUCCGAUACGUCUGGUCUGGGCGUGCCGCGGAGCUUGCGCAGCGACAGCGUGAACGCGAGCGGGCGAUGAGUGACGGGGAACGGGAGGAGGAACGAACGCCUGCACCAAGCAUGAGCAUGUCGCCUCUACUCGACCGUGAGCGGGAUCGGUCCACGCCAAAUCCCGACGAGCUUUCAAGCGCCAGCGAUGCCGAAGGCCCCCGCCACGUCUGGAGUUCAAAACGUGUCCAGCGCAAGCUCGAAUCCUGGGCCACCCGAGCAAAACAGCGCAGUGUUGACCACCAGAACCGUGGGCCAGGAUCUGGCGCUGGCCUCGAGGAGGCAUGGCAACCUUCCGUCCCGGUGCCCCAGGUCGUAGUCACCUCGAGCCGUGAGGAUGAUGAAGAGAUAUUGAGUAGCGGGCAAAUUAGCCCCGUCUCCAAUAGCCGGCUUUAUCUUGAGCCUGCGCUCGGUGGUGGGCGAGCGACGGCGGCGACAUCGCUCAGCAACCUUUCUGAUUUCGACCGCCAUGCACAGAACGCGCGAGGUGGGCGUCCGCCUAAUCCUCGUGUGACGUCCUGGGCCGACGUCAGAUCUGCUUCUGCGGCAGGAGAGAAGAAGAGAGAGGAAGAGGAACAUGACUUUGCUUCCCGGCCUCAUCAUACACGCGAAGAUACACUGCGCGCUUUGCCGUCUGGACGAGCAAGAAGACAUUCUCCAGAACCAAGUCUGAAUCGGAGACGAAGUGCCGAUGACGUCAACAUGCUCGAGCGCGUAUUACCUGUGGAUCGCAUGAAGAUCGACGUCGACUUGUCCGGACAGCUACUGGUGAUGCGCCGGCGAGCAGCACACCUUGCCGGAGUGAUUUCCAUCCUCGGCAUCCUCACAUCGCAGUUAUCUUCGACCAACGCUGCGCUUAAGGACGAUCAUCGCGCCCAUGCCCCUGCGAUUCAAGAGGCGCAUAUGCGAGCUAAGGUCGUCGCGGCAACGGAAGCCGCACGGGGAAAGGCCGGUAUCAUGCUCCAGGAUGCCCGCGCGCUCAGCUAUGAAACUGCACAAUUCGAACCCGCGGCACUUUGGCGCGCUGUUGCGCCACCUCGGCACAAAGUACUCGCAGCGCGACAACGUGUCCUGGGUAGCGACCGGCACAUUCCUGGAUCUGUUGGCCGUUAUACGAGGGCCUAUACUACACUUGACGGCGUCGUGCAUCACGUCGACAUGCUUGGCCGAACCGAGGAUGAGGCGGAGGAGGAACGCGGGCUUCCAGAUACCGACGUGGGACCGGACGUCGACGAGGAGGAAGAGCGUGCGCGCAUGCAGGCGGAGGAGGUUAAGGCUCGCCGGCCCAUGGUCAUUCAGCCAGCACCAACUUGGCUUCUGCGUUUAUUCGAGAGUUGGACGCAGCGCUGGCGCAAGAGGCCCACUGGCCCUGGAGAGAAGGAUGCGAAGCCCAAGCCGCUCAUUACGCGCGAUGAGACGGACAUUGAGGAUGAUGAUGAGCCGGUCGUUCGGAGAAGGAGCGCUUCACUUGAAACAGUCGGUGAAGAUGAUGAAGAUGAUGCCGCAACAGAAGUCGAAGGAAAGGCGACGCAGUUCGUCGAAUCUGCUACGCCAAGCUCCCUAUGGAACGCGAACGACGAGCGUGAGAAUGCACCGACGCCUCCCGAGCGGUGUUACUCACCAGAGAGCAUCGUCGGAUAUCAGUCAGAUUGA